AUGUCCUCCAUGGAACCAGUUUAUUCUCCUGGAGAUUGGCUGCCAACAGUGGCCUUGGCAGUGCUCAUUUUUCUGGGUGUCGUCUGUGCGUUUGUCGGCAUUGGUCCACUGAAAGGGGGGCCUCAUAGAGUGCUAGACGUUACCAAGGAUUUCGAAGAAUACCGCUUGAUGGAAAAGGAAGAAUUGUCUCAUGAUACUCGCAAAUUCACCUUUGCCCUACCAGAAGGAUAUGUCUUGGGUCUUCCCACUGGACAGCACAUGACACUCAAAUUCACCAACAAGGAUGGCCAGGCAGUCCAACGAUCCUACACUCCAGUUACGGAUAAUACGUCCAUUGGGAAGGUAUCUUUUGUCAUCAAGGUUUACAAAGCAGGAGUGCAUCCCAAAUUUCCUGAAGGUGGCCAAAUGAGUCAGCAUUUGGAAUCACUGUCCAUCGGAGACAAAAUGUUGAUGAAAGGACCAAAGGGACACAUGGAGUACUUUGGAAAAGGAAAUUUCAAAGUCAAGCCACUGGGCAAGAAAUUGCAAGAACGCUCCUGUAAUGCUAUUGGAAUGAUGGCCGGAGGAACCGGCAUUACACCAAUGCUGCAGAUUUUGCAUUUCAUUUUCAGAAAUCCAAACGAUAAGACCAGGGUAAAAAUGAUCUAUGCCAAUCAGACCGAAGAUGAUAUUUUGGUACGGGACGAGUUGGAAGCUUUGCAGAAGGAAUUCCCAGAUCGAUUUUCUUUGCAUUACACGGUGGACAAGGCCCCUGAAGGAUGGAAGUUCUCUGAGGGAUUCAUCAAUAGGGACAUGAUUGAAAAACAUCUCAUCAUUCCUGGAAGUAAACAACAAUUCUUCAUGUGUGGUCCUCCACCCAUGAUCAAAUUCGCUUGCAUUCCAGGGCUCGCUGAGCUUGGAUUUUCGGAUCAGGAUCAUGUAACGUUCUAA